AUGCGAGUAUCAAACCCACAGCUGUCGAAAACCCUAUUUGUGAAUAACUUUUGGGGUAACUCCCCAGAAAAGAGCUUUGAAAUCGUCACAACUAGGAUCAAAGAUUCAUUGAAUACACUAAAUGAAAUAAUCAACUUUUAUCAAGAGAAAAUUAAUAUCGAGAAAGAAUACACCAAAAAGCUAGAGAAGCUCCAAAGCAAAUGUAUAUUAGGGACCAAUGAAACAGGAACUUUGAAGCAGUCACUAGAUAAGCUUUCCAUCGAGAAUCAACUGAUGAUUAACUACAACCAUAAGUUCAUCAAAACAAUAAUCCACACCAACUUAGAGAAGCUACAGACGUUCCAACAGCUAUAUACACAAAGAGUCAACAAAUUAGAACACCAUAUGGGAAAAGUGCUAAUAAAGAGACAGCAGGCUCUAAAAGAAUUGGAGUAUUACAAAUCCAAAUACCAAGAAGAAUGUACUCAAUUAAAAUCAUUGCGACUACUGCUCCAAACUACAUGGGGUCGAGAAUUGGACAAAAAUCAACAGAAAUUUAACAAAAUAAAUAGUCAAAUAAACCUGACACGCAAACACUAUCAUAUGGCAUUAGUAAAUUAUAAAGAAAUUAAUGAAAUCUACAAGCGAGAUUGGAGUAUAUCGUUAAACGAUUUCUAUAAACUUGAAGUUGAGAGAAUACAAGUCACAAAAAUCAAUUGCUUCAAUUACUGUAAUAAUAUUGCCACAUUAUGUGUCGACCAGGAUCUGGCAGUGGAUCUCGCAAGACCAAUGUUUGCCCAGAUACAGCCUAUAACUGAUCUUGAAGAGUUCAGUGGGAAUUACGGUACAGGUAACAAGAUUUUCAAUGACCCUGAAUUUGUGGAUUAUAUGACAGGCUGCGAGGAACCUAGAAUAGGAUACACAUUACUGAAUUUUCCAAAUCCAGAUUGUUCAAAUAUACUCACAAGAACAUAUUCGACAUACACCGGAAAUGGAAAUACAUCAAAACAAAUAGAACAAAAGAGAAGUGACGAUAAAUUGAACGACAACAUUUUUACACAACCACAUGUAGUCCAGUAUAACCCUGCUCCUGCUUCUGCUCCUAAUAAAGAAAUGUCAAAGCUACCGAUACCAAAGUUACCCCCAACAAACAACAGAACGAAAACUCCAUCGCCGACCCGGAAACCACCGUCCGACUACCAUUCUAAUUAUUCAGAUGAUAUAUUUUCCAAGGAUGAAAGAUUACAAUCCAGCAAUGGCUCUUCAGAUUAUAGUUCUGAGAGAAAUUGGGCAUCACCAAGGAAAAGAGAAAAGCAACUUCAAGAAGUUCAAGAGAAAAUAAGUCGAAGAGCAACCAACGAUUUCAAGAAUAUUCCCAAAGUACCAGAACCUGAAAAGGUUCCUGUUAUAAAAGAUUUUUCAAUAGAUUUCAUUGCCAAGGCUCUUGAGGAUUUAAAUGCAGGAGGCAAUGGGGAUGUUAAUCAGUUUAGAAGAUCAUUAAGAAACGGGCGUCCCAAGUCAGAUUUUAUUGACGAUAGAGAUGAAGUUGCCAAACGACACGAAUCAAUUAAUUUCAAUCGACCCAAAUCAACAGUGCCAAGACGAUCAUUAAAACUUACCCCGGUCAACCGAAAACCAUUUGUCACCAAAGCCAUUGCUAGAUAUUCAUUCAAACCUCAACAUGAGGGUGAAUUAUACUUUAAAAAGGGCUGGCAAAUGUAUAUUAUUCACAAACAAGAAGAUAAUUGGUUUGUAUGUGAAUUAGGCGAGAACUGCCUUCAGUCAUCAGGUAUGAUUGGCUUGGUUCCUGGCAACUAUGUUAUUGAAGGAGAUGAUUUAUUCUGA